UUUGUUAUUUUAAGUUCUUCCUAGUCUUAAGAUGUUCACCUACCAUACAGUUCUACAAAUCUUAUGGAUAUCAAUUAGUUUUAAUCAGUAUACCAUGGCAGGACAAUCCUUAACCACUGCUAUACACCGUACCCAAGCUGCCCAGGAACGUAUCAAUGACCUCAAGUGUUACAAAUGUGACACCAUGGACGAUGGUGAACUCUGUGUGGAUGUUGUCAAUUCGAAUGCCACCAAUUUCAUACACAAAUGUGAGGGUGAUGAGUUCAUUUGUAUGGUCAAACGUUUCUCCUAUACCACCUCUAAUGAAAAUUCCACCAGCUCCCCGAAAAUGUGGUCCUUGGAUCGCCGUUGUGCGGUUAAUUGUGAACCCGGUUGUAUAGUCAUAGGUGAGCGUACCAAGUUGUAUGCCUGUACAUCGUGUUGCGAGUCACCCAUGUGUAAUACCGGCAAAGGUUCCGCUUCGUCCGUUCUGGCAUUUGGACGAAUUGAAACGGGCAUUGGAACGUCGCUGAGUCUUCUAACAUUGGUGAAAUGUUUCCUCCAUUACAUAUCGUAAAGAGUAUACAUUGCCAAUUGUUGCUGUACUCCAAGCAAAGAGCAAAAACAAAAACAAACAAAAAAAAAAAAAAAAAAAUGAAGAGGACCAGUGCCAAGUUCAUGUCUAUUUUUUUCGAUACGAUUUU